AUGGGAAAUAAUCCUUCUAAUGAUGCUCAUAUAGGAACCCUUCCAAAGGCUAAUCGUUCUUCUUCUUCUUCUUCUUCACAUAGAAAAUCAUCCUCUACCAUAUCAAAUAAUAACAAUGCCAAUCAACCUUCUGCAUUACAUUUAAAUUUAGUAAUGAAUGGUAAUGUUGUUGGCGCUACCUAUCCACCUCCAAAUAAUAGUAUGAAUAAUAGUAUUAACAGUUCACCUGUUGGUGCUUCUGUGUAUCAACCUAACAAGACAGAUAAAGAAGCAUUAAUAGAUGAAUCACUCGAGAGUCAAACAGAAGUUCCUAAUGAAAUAACAGUCAUGAAUUUUAGUAUUAGACGAGAUUCUGUAUUUGAUGGAAUGGAUCAGUGGAGAAAUAGAAAAGAUGCUGUUGCAAAUAUCAUAUUAGAAAGUAAUGCUGAUAUUAUUUGUAUUCAAGAUGCACUUCAACAUCAAAUACUCGAUUUAUUUACCAUGUUAAAUGAAAAACAAGAACGUUCUCAAUAUUUAUGGUUUGGUCUAGGACAAAGUUUUAAUCAAAAUACAAACGAAUACAGUGGAGAAUAUGUAACAAUAUUUUACAAUACGGAUAAAAUUGAACUAUUGGAUCAAGGAUGUUUCUGGUACAGCUACACUCCUUCAACGAAAGGAAGUAGAGGUUGGGAUUCUGUAGCUCCAAGACUAUGUACGUGGUGUAAAUUUAGAAAUGUUAAAGUCAAGAAGGGCAAUAGUUUUCACGUUUUCAAUACACAUUGGGAUAUUGGUGUUGAAGCAAGAAGAAAUAGUGCCUAUUUAAUUAGAGAAUAUAUUGAAAAUUUAUGUUGUCAGAGAGAAGAGGAUAAUACCAUUCAUACAAGACCAUGUAUUGUUAUGGGUAACUUGAAUGCAUUACCAGAUUCUAAUGCUAUACAUUUAUUAGAAACUGGAAUUGAUUUGGGCGCCAAAUCUAUGGAAGAAUCAGGAUCUGAUGAAGAUACUGCGAGUGAUGCUUCCAAUUAUGAAUCAGAUGAAGAGGAUUUAUUUACACUUGUUAAUUCUGAUCCAACACAUCAUCCAACAUUUGUUGGUUUGGAUGGAAAUGGUCCUCCAUCAUCAUCCUCCUCAUCACCUCAAUCCAAAUCUCCAUCUAAGAAGGAAUCUGUUGUGGGUGACAGUGUUACAAUUGAAAUUGAGGCAGGUGUAUUCCCAAAGAAAGUCCAAGGAAAGUGUACUGACUACAUAUUCGUCUCUCCCAAUGUAAAAGUAUUAGAUUUCAAAGUUAUCACUGAUAUUAAAUGUCAGACAACACAAAGAAAUGCCUCAGAUCACCUUCCAAUAAUGGCUGCCUUAUUAGUGUAA